AUGAAGUGGCAUUUUCUUUCUUUGUUGCCUUGCCUCGGCAUUGGCGUCCACGGCUUCCCAGCGUAUAUGAACACACCCGUCGCAGAUAUUGUGGCUUCCAAACUCUCUGAACGGGUAGCCGGCGUUGCUCGCGAUCUGCACGAAAAGAGGUUACUGUUCGACCCGAUGACAACGCCUAUCGAUGUAACCGGCAACCACAAAUUCAUACCCCCCGACUUUGAGAAUGGUGCGCAAAGAGGACCUUGUCCCGGCUUGAAUGCGCUGGCGAACCAUGGCUACAUCAAUCGAAAGGGCGUCACAAGUCUGGUCGAAGUUACCGCUGCCAUCAACACAGUUUUCGGUAUGGGUCUGGAACUCUCAACCAUUUUGGCGGUGAUGGGAACUGCUUUUGUGGGAAACCCUCUUUCUCUAAACCCAGGCUUCUCGAUUGGAUAUACCGCCAGCGGAUCUCAGAAUAUCCUUGGAAACGUCCUCGGGCUCCUAGGUAGCCCCAGAGGUCUAAAUGGCUCGCACAACAUCAUUGAGGGAGACUCUUCGAACACCAGAGGUGAUUUGUAUAUGACAGGAGAUGCCUCCACUAUGGUCAUGGAACAGUUUCAAUCAUUUUACGAUGUGUCAUCUGGGGAAGGUGAUUAUAACUUCGAUCUUUUCGCCGAGCGAGCAUCGAUCCGAUUCGACGAGACAGUGGCGACGAACCCAAACUUCUACUACGGUCCUUUUACUGGCAUGAUUGCUCGGAAUGCUGGUUUUUUGUUUGCCUGCCGCUUGUUUGCCAACCAUUCUUCGGAGAAUCCGACUGGUCUGCUGAAUAAGGAAACAUUGAAGAGCUUCUACGGUGUUCAAGGCGAAGAUGGCAAUCUCAAGUACAACAAAGGCUGGGAAAGAAUUCCAGAGAAUUGGUAUCGAACUCCAGUUGACUAUGGCCUGGUUCAGCUGAACUUGGAUCUAGUUGCUUGGAUUACCAAGUACCCCAAGCUUGCGAGUAUCGGUGGGAACAUGGGAAAGGUUGACAGCUAUGCUGGUGUGGACCUCAGCAACCUCACUGGUGGUGUGCUUAACCUGACAAAGCUUCUGGAAGGCAACAACUUGUUGUGCUUUGUCUUCGAAAUUCUGAAGACUGCCUCACCCAACUCGUUGUCCACUAUCUUCUCCAUUAUCGAGGUUCCCCUUAGCCUUGUCACGAAUGCUGUUGGUGCAGCUAUAACAAAUCUUGCAUGCCCCGCUUUCGCAGACAUGACUGUUGGCGGAAAGAGUUUUGACGAAGGCAUGAAGCUCCAGUAUCCUGGAGCGAGACUUUCAGGAAACGUGCUUUGA